CAGCUAUGUAACAUUUUUCGAACCCAUGAAAUGGAAAUUGACCAGUGCUUGCUGGAGUCCCUUCCCCUUGGCCAGCGGCAAAGGCUGGUGAAGCGCAUGCGUUGCGAGCAGAUCAAAGCCUACUAUGAAAGAGAGAAGGCUUUUCAGAAGCAGGAAGGAUUCCUGAAAAAGCUGAAGCAUGGGAAGAAUCAAAAAGUUCACUUUAACCUUGCCGACAUGAUACAGGAUGCAAUUAUCCACCACGAUGACAAAGAAGCGCUCCGGCUCCUGAAGGAGGGCGCGGAUCCGCACACCGCCGUUUCCUCAGGAGGGUCCCUGCUGCAUCUGUGCGCUCGGUAUGAUAAUGCCUUCAUUGCCGAGAUCCUGAUUGACAGAGGGGUCAAUGUCAACCACCAGGAUGAAGACUUUUGGACACCAAUGCACAUCGCCUGUGCUUGUGAUAACCCUGAUAUUGUCCUGCUGCUUGUACUGGCUGGAGCCAACGUCCUUCUCCAGGAUGUUAAUGGAAAUAUCCCAUUGGAUUAUGCCGUAGAGGGGACAGAAUCCAGUUCUAUCCUGUUGACCUAUCUGGAUGAAAGUGGAGUGGAUCUGACCUCGCUGCGCCAGAUGAAGCUUCAGAGACCAUUGAGCAUGCUAACGGAUGUCAAACACUUCUUAUCAGGUGGUGGAAAUGUCGAUGAGAAAAAUGAUGAAGGGGUAACUCUGUUGCAUAUGGCAUGUGCAAGUGGCUACAAGGAGGUGGUGUCUCUUCUCCUGGAACAUGGCGGGGACCUGAAUAUAGCAGAUAAUCAGUACUGGACCCCACUUCAUUUGGCAGCAAAGUAUGGCCAGACAAACCUGGUGAAGCUUCUUCUGAUGCAUCAGGCAAAUCCAAACCUUCUGAAUUGCAAUGAAGAGAAGCCCUCAGAUAUCGCUGCAUCUGAGUUUAUUGAGGAAAUGCUGUUGAAAGCCGAAGUUGCCUGGGAAGAAAGGGUAAAAGAGCAUUUAUCUCUUCCUGCAUUGGCCUCCGAGGAGCCCUAUGAAGAGAUCCUCCAUGACCGCCCACCUCUCUCCAGCAAGCUCAGUCCCCUGGUGUUGCCAAUUGCCAAGCAAGACAGUAUGUUGGAGAAAGACAUUAUGUUCAAAGAUGUCACAAAAGGUCUAUGCAAGCGACAGUCUCACGACAGCAUCCCUGAAAAUGCUACCAUGAACGGCCCCACAAAACCUGAGCAGGUCAAGCUGAUGCCUCCCGCUCCCAGUGAUGACCUGGCGACGCUGAGCGAGCUGAACGAUGGCAGCCUGCUUUAUGAAAUUCAGAAGCGCUUUGGGAACAAUCAGAUAUAUACUUUUAUUGGAGACAUCCUCUUGCUUGUUAACCCAUUCAAGGAGCUUCCAAUUUAUUCCACUAUGGUGUCUCGGCUCUACCUCAGCAGCACGGGGCAGCCCUGCUCCUCCUCCCUGCCGCCUCACAUCUUCUCCUGCGCCGAGAGAGCCUUCCACCAGCUUUUCCAGGAGCAGCGGCCCCAGUGCUUCAUUCUCAGUGGAGAAAGAGGAUCUGGCAAGUCUGAAGCCAGCAAACAAAUAAUGAGACACCUCAUCUGCAGGUCUGGCUCCAGCAGACCCAUGUUUGAUUCCAAAUUUAAACAUGUCAUGUGCAUCUUGGAAGCCUUUGGACAUGCCAAGACAACGCUUAAUGAUCUGUCCAGUUGCUUCAUAAAAUAUUUUGAACUUCAGUUCUGCGAGAGGAAAAAACACCUAACUGGAGCCAGAAUUUAUACAUAUAUGCUCGAGAAAUCCAGACUUGUUUCACAACCUGUUGGCCAGAGCAAUUUUCUCAUUUUCUACUUGUUGAUGGAUGGGUUAUCUGCUGAAGACAAAUACGGACUUCACCUUAAUAAUUUAUGUGCGCACCGGUAUUUGAACCAGACCCUACCAGAAGAUGUAUCAACAGCAGAGCAUUCUCUGAACAGGGAGAAAUUCGCUCUUUUGAAACAAGCCCUGAAUGUAAUUGGCUUCAGUCACUUGGAAGUAGAGAAUCUGUUUGUGAUCCUGGCAGCGAUAUUACACAUUGGAGACAUUCGAUUCACUGCUCUGACCGAGGCCAACUCUGCGUUUGUCUCUGACCUCCAGUUUCUGGAACAAGUGGCCGGAUUGUUACAAGUAUCAACUGAUGAGUUGGUGUCUGCUCUAACAACUGAUAUCCAGUAUUUUAAAGGGGACACCAUCAUACGGCGACAUACUGUGGAGAUGGCUGAAUUUUACCGGGAUCUCUUGGCCAAGUCCCUGUUUGGGCGUUUGUUUAGCUUCUUGGUGAAUACCAUGAACUGCUGCCUCCACAGUCAAGAUGAGCACAGCAGCCCACAGACUUUGGAUAUUGGAAUAUUGGACAUCUUCGGUUUUGAGGAAUUUCAAAAGAAUGAAUUUGAACAACUUUGUGUCAACAUGACCAAUGAGAAGAUGCACCACUACAUCAAUGAAGUGCUUUUUCUACACGAGCAAACAGAAUGUGUACAAGAGGGAGUUACCAUGGAAACAACUUACUCUCCUGGUAACCAGACUGGAGUUUUGGAUUUUUUUUUCCAGAAGCCAUCUGGAUUUCUCUCUUUAUUGGAUGAAGAAAGUCAGAUGAUUUGGUCAAUGGAACCAAAUCUUCCCAAAAAGCUACAAAGUCUCCUCGAAUCGUCAAACACAAAUGCAGUCUAUUCCCCCAUGAAGGAUGGGAACGGGAACGUGGCGCUCAAAGACCAGGGCACGGCGUUCACUACCAUGCACUACGCAGGAAGGGUAAUGUAUGAAAUUGUUGGAGCAAUUGAAAAAAAUAAAGACAGCCUCUCACAGAAUCUUCUAUUUGUAAUGAAAACUAGUGAAAAUGUCGUGAUCCAUCAUUUGUUCCAGUCGAAACUGUCACAGACGGGAUCCCUCGUGUCCUCCUCUCCUUCUUUUAAGUUCAGAGGACAGAAAUCAUCCCUGCUCAGUAAGAAAACGGCAGCUUCUUCAAUUAUUGGAGAAAACAGGAAUUAUCUAGAACUCAGUAAGUUAUUAAAGAAGAAAGGAACUUCUACAUUUCUUCAAAGACUGGAACGGGGAGGUCCAGUCACCAUUGCAUCGCAACUCAGGAAAUCUCUAACGGAUAUUAUUGGAAAACUUCAGAAGCGCACUCCGCACUUUGUUCAUUGCAUCAAGCCCAAUAACUCAAGACUGCCAGAUACUUUUGAUAAUUUUUAUGUGUCUGCUCAGCUACAAUAUAUUGGGGUCCUGGACAUGGUGAAGAUCAUUCGGUAUGGAUACCCUGUUCGCCUCUCCUUCUCGGAUUUCCUGUCAAGGUACAAGCCAUUGGCCCAUAUGCUCCCGGGUGAGAAGCAGCCGCUGUCUGCGGGGGAGAAAUGUCGCCUUGUUCUCCAGCGGUGCAAACUGCAAGGCUGGCAGAUGGGAGUCCGAAAAGUGUUUCUAAAAUACUGGCACGCCGACCAGCUCAAUGAUUUGUGCCUGCAGCAGCAGAGAAAAAUUAUCACCUGCCAAAAAGUUGUAAGAGGAUUUCUAGCACGCCAGCACUUGAUUCAGAAAAGGAGCAUCAGACAGCAAGAGGUCACGUCCAUCAACAGCUUCCUGCAGAUUACAGAGGACAUGGGGCUGAAGACCUACGAUGCCCUGGUCAUUCAGAACGCUUCUGACAUUGCCCGUGAAAAUGACCGGCUGCGGAAUGAAAUGAAUGCUACUUACCAUAAGGAGAAGGUGGAGGCCAGACACAAGCCAGAGGAAGGAACCAAAAGAGCCGAAGACAAGUGUGGACCCAGGCAUUUCCACUACAGCUCCGUCCCGGUCCCCAUGGCGGUGGAUGGCCUGAUCCAGUCUCUGGCUGGCCCGUCCACCCGGUCUCCUUCUCUGCACUCGGUGUCCAGCCUGGAUGACAGCAGUGGCCUCCCCUCACCACGGAAACAGCCUCCGCCCAAGCCAAAGAGGGACCCCACCACGCGGCUGAGCGCAUCCUAUGAGGCCGUGAGCGCCUGCCUGUGGGCAGUGGCCAGGGAGUCCGCCAGUGAAGUGCUCACCCGGCCCCGACCUCACAGCGACGACUACAGCACCAUGAAGAAGGUUCCCCCUCGCAAGCCCAAGCGCAGCCCCAACACCAGGCUCAGCGGCUCCUCGGAGGACAUGGCGGGCGCGCGGCGCAGAGGCGGCCCGCAGCGCGCGCCCGGGGUCCCCGCGCCCCCCGCGCCCCCCGCGCGCCCCCGGCCCCCGCCCGAGCCCGAGCCCGAGCCCGUCUACAUCGAGAUGGCGGGCCGCGCCGGCAGCCCCGAGCAGGCCGAGGCCGUGUACGAGGAGAUGAAGUACUUCGUGCCCCCCGAGGCGUCCGCGUCGCCCCCUCUGCUGAGCGACAGUCGGAACCCCGUCACCUGGGAGGACGGCCAGGCCGCUGGGCCCUGCAAAGACGCGUGCGACAUCCCGGCCCCUUUCCCCAACCUGCUCCCUCACCGUCCCCCGCUCCUGGUGUUUCCCCCGACCCCUGUCACCUGCUCCCCGGCGUCCGACGAGUCGCCCUUGACGCCGCUGGAGGUGAAGAAGCUGCCCGUGCUGGAGACCAACCUCAAGUACCCGGUGCAGGCCGAAGGCUCGAGCCCCCUGUCUCCACAGCACGCCAAGAACCAAAAAGGCGACGGGGACAGGCCCGCGUCCCCCGGCCCGCCCGCAGCGAGCGGGUCCCCCCUUACGCCGCCGCCCCCUCCGGCCCCCCGGCCGCCCACGCACUUCGCCUUCCCCCCGGAGCCCGCGGGGAACGCGGGCCGAGCGGCGGCGGCCGGCCCCGACGUGUCCAAAGCGCCCCAGCCGCCCAGCUCGGCGCCCCUGGGGGGCCCGUGCAGCUCUUUCUCCAAGGCCCCCUACUCCCCCGGGCGGGCAGCCAGGGCCGAGCACCGGAAGGCCAGCGCCAGCCCCUCCUCCCCGGGGCCCUACAGCCCCCCGAACUGCAGGGCGCCCGGCAGCCCUCUGGACGAGCUCACCAGCCUCUUCAGCUCUGGAAGGAGCGUGCUCCGGAAGUCCGCGGCGGGGCGGAGGAUCCGGGAGCCCGAAGGUUUUGAGACUAACAUGAACCUAACUGGCCGAGAUUAUGCUGGUAGAUCAGAAAUUGCAUCUGAGACUCAAGAUAGAAAUGCAAAUAACCAUGGAAUUCAAUUAUCUAAUUCACUCUCGAGUGCUAUCACUGCUGAAAAUGGGAAUUCUGUCUCAAAUGGUUUACCUGAAGAAGAUGGAUUCUCCAGGUUGUCUGUGAGCAGCUCCACAACAUCCUCAUUUCAGAAACAGAGAGAGAGCCACACCACUCAGGUAAUCCAUCAGCUGCGGCUCUCGGAGAACGAAAGCGCCGCCCUGCAGGAGCUCCUGGACUGGAGGCGGAAGCUGUGCGAGGGGACAGAAGACUGGCAGCACCUCCUGCAGCCCUCGGAGCCCAGGGCGCCUCCCCCUCCGCCCUGCAAGAAGCCCACCCUGGUGAAGAAGCCCGAGGGGGCGUCCUGCGGCCGGCUGCCCUCCGAGCUGUGGGACUCCGGCACGUGA